AUGUUGCGCCCCAAUUUCAAUUCCCUAAGAGACUUACACGAUUGCGCAAAUGAUCUACUUCAGUUGCCGGCCACCCAACAAGAUCUUGUCCAGCAUCAAAAUGUAAAAUGGGUUAACCAGGUGGAGGAAGGAUCUCUGAGAAUUUUAGAUGUUUGUGGCACCACUAGGAAUGUUCUGUUGCUAGCAAGGGAACACUUGCAAGACCUUCAAACCGCUUUUCGCAGAAGUGUUGGGGAGAGAGUUCUUGAAAUCAAAAUUGAUGCUUACAACUUCUCUAGAAAGAAUAUGAAGAAACAGAUGUUAAAGUGUCUGGAUUCUUUGAAACAGAUGAAGAUCAACUCUACUAGUCCCUCAGCCUCCGACGACACCGACCACCGUCUUUUGGUGGUUGUUAAUGUUAUUCAACAAGUGUUGGUGACCACCAUCUCUAUUGUGGAGACUGUACUAUCCUACAUGUCCAUGACAACAAGGAAGAAAGCUGGUUCAAACAGAAGUUCUUUCAUUUGGAAGAUCAGGCGUGUGAAGAGAGUAGCCAGAGCAUUGGAAGAGAAUGUAAUGGAUGGUGCGGAGAGCUUGGAUACAGCACUUGGUGCCCUUCAUGGCAACAACCCAAAUUUAUGUGAGAAAAAUAAGGCAAUCGCAAUUCAAACAGCAACAAAGCAAUUGGAGACAUUGGAGAAUUAA